AUGGCACAAACGAGCAAUGCCGAUGGCACGGUAUCCAUGCCCCGGCUAGAGGAUAUUUUGCGGCACCCCGAGGACUUGGACAAGAUCAAUGGCCUUAAAGCCGAAUACCAACGGAAGAAAGCGGCGGUCGAUUCCCGGCUUCGAGAGGGUCUUCGUGACCAGUUGGAGGCCGUACAGCGCAGCAUUGGCAUUUUGACUGAGGGACAACGUCAAGUGUCCAAAACCAAGGACGAAUUGCAGGGGAUUGAUAAGCUGUGCGCUGAGUCCCAGGACAGUGUGGAAGACUUCGCGCAAAUUGACAAGCUGGCCAAGAUCCAGCGGCAUUUCGACGCCACAAUCAUGAUGAAGAAAGGGCUCGAGAGCUUUGGUGCAGACCUACAAGAAGUCGAAGAAUUAUUGAAAGAAGACGACGAUGACCUGGAGAACCAGCCGAACCUCCUCCGAGCUCAUAUGCAGAUAUCCCGGCUACGGGAUUUCCGAGAUGAAGCCAUGGAUCAGAUUCGCAAGGCGAAGGAUCAGAGCAGCGAGGAAACGUUGACUGAAUAUUUCCAAGGACUCGAUUCGGCUAUCGACUGGUUUGAUGAUCACCUCGGUACUGCCUGUAUGAAUUUAAUCCCGCUGGUUCAGGAAGAUAAUAAGAGCAUGGUUGUUCGGCUUGCCGUGGUGGUCAUGAACGAAGAAAAGAAUGAUGACACGGUCACAGCCUUACAAGAAGCUCAGAAAGACCAUAAGGACUUGGCUAGUCGUUUCAAGUCAAUGAAUAUCGGCCCCAAAACUGUCCGCGGAUACAAAAAGAAGUUCAUACAGGCCAUCGAAUUCUAUGCACAAAAUCAAUUUGAGAAUACGAAGGAUGAAUUCCUUGAGGACCCCGAUAAGUUGGACAAGAGCUUCCGUUGGUAUUUCAACGACCUUUUCACUGUCCAACAAGGCAUGCAGAAGCUGGUGCCGAAGAAGUGGAGGAUCUACAAGACGUAUACCGACAUCUAUCACCGUAUGAUGCACGACUUCCUUGUCGGCAUGAUUGAUGACCCCGACAUUCCUGCGGACAAUCUGCUCAAGAUCAUUCACUGGAGUGACAAGUACUACAAGAAGAUGAAGAAACUGGGCUGGAAUUCAGCAGAACUCCAACCAAACCUUCUCGAUGACCGUGAACCUGAACUGGUCCGGCAAUGGCAAAGCGUUAUUAUCAAUGCGGUUGAAGAAUGGAUGGAUCGUAUUUUCGGGGCGGAGAAGAAAGGUCUUGUGGAACGACAACCAGAUGCCCUUGAUACAAAUGCGGAUGGGUACUUCCGUACCAAGACAUUGGCGGAUAUGUGGCGAAUGCUCCAUGAGCAAGUCACGGCUGCUAGUGCUUCCGAACGAGCCGAUGUGGUUGAAGGUGUCAUUGAUGCGAUGUUUAGAGCUCUGAAGAGCCGCCAGAGCGCUUGGCAGACACUGAUCGAUGAUGAAUGCAAUAAAUCCAAGGCUCCUGGCGGUGAUGGCGAGGGCGUACAGUUGCUGCAGGAUUGGUUAGUCGGCGUGGCCAAUGACCAGAUCGCCUGUAUCGACGACAACGAGGAAACUGGCCAACUUGGCUACCUGACGAGAUUCAAACGUGACCUUGAACCAGUUGUGACGCCCAAGUACAUGGCAACUCAGGCAGCAGCUGCACUGGAUGCCCUGCGUGAUGGCUAUGUGGAUCUGAGCACGCACUGUCUGGCACAGUUUGUCUCUGUCGUCUUCACAGUGGAUCUCAACAGUGUUCUUCCAGAACUCUUCACCCCAAGAUGGUAUGGUGAAUUUGCAAUCAAGCGAAUUACUACCACCUUUGAGGAUUACCUGGCCGACUACUCUCCCGUUCUACACCCAUCUCUUGUGGACAUCCUGGUUGAAGAACUCUCAGAUGAACUGCUAGUGCGGUACCUGUCGUCUGUGCGUAAUAAGGGCGUCAAGUUCCGCCGCCAGGGUGAUCCCUUUACGGAGAAAUUCAAAGACGACAUUCUCACCGUAUUUGACUUCUUCAAGAAAUACGAAGAUUCUUUUGAGAGCACUAUCAAGCAGAAGUGGCGACUUGUGGACUGGUUAGUCCGUUUGCUCGAGGCCGAAAAGGGCCAGGCUAUCGUGAACGUGUAUGAAUCGUUCAAGAAUGAGUACUGGGACCUUCAGCUAUCUUGGGUGGAAGCCGUGCUGCGUACCCGCGAUGAUUUCGAGCGCAGCAUGAUCAGCGGUGUCAAGGCGAAGGCAGCUGAACUUUCCGUUGAGCGUGGCAUGGAGACUAUCAUGAGCCGGCUAAGAUGA